CAAAGCUUUCUCCGGGACAUGUUUGGUUGAGCUCUGUUUGGUAAAGCCAUUAAAUAUUGUUGUUGUCACAUUUCCUCUGAAUGUGAAUUGCUACCAUCCGACGUUAGACCGGGUGAAAGGGAUGCACAAUCCAGAAUUCAUCAUCUGUUCGGCCCUUUGUGUGGGUGAAGCGUGGCACUUGUCGAGAAUAGUCUGUGGAUGCUGCACAAACAGGAUGAAAGAGCCAAUGCAGUGCAUUGUUCUAGGUCUGCUGGUCACGGAGCACUACUGAGGAGGAACGUGUGGAGAAUCCUGGCUUUCCACCUGGAGUUUCCCAGGGUGGGUCCCCAGGCUCACAUUAAAUUUCCUAUUGACUAUCCAUAUUCACCACCUACCUUCAGAUUCCUGACCAAAAUGUGGCACCCCAACAUUUAUGAGAAUGGAGAUGUAUGUAUUUCAAUUCUUCACCCACCCGUAGAUGACCCGCAAAGUGGAGAGCUGCCAUCGGAGAGGUGGAACCCUACCCAAAAUGUCAGGACUAUCCUACUGAGCGUAAUCUCUUUGCUUAACGAGCCCAACACGUUCUCUCCUGCCAACGUGGAUGCGUCGGUCAUGUUCAGGAAAUGGAGGGACAGUAAAGGAAAAGACAAGGAGUACGCUGAAAUCAUAAGGAAGCAGGUUUUGGCCACCAAAGCCGAGGCAGAGAAGGAUGGCGUGAAGGUCCCCACUACGCUGGCAGAGUACUGCAUCAAAACUAAAGUGCCUUCCAAUGACAACAGUUCGGAUUUGCUUUACGACGACUUGUACGACGACGACAUUGACGACGAAGACGAGGAGGAGGAGGAUGCCGACUGUUACGACGACGACGAUUCUGGCAACGAGGAGUCGUGACCUGCUCCCCUCCAUGCCCCUGUACUGCCCUGCCGACUCAGGCCAGAAGGGAGCAGCGGUAAUCUAGCAGCAGUCGAGCAAAAAAGUUGGGGGGGGGGAUCAAAAAAACAAACACACAAACAAACAAAAAAAAAAAAAAGAAAAAACAAACUUUGUCUCCUGCUGUCUCCUGUUGUAUGGAUCUGUUUGCUCCUUUUUUAUGGACCUCUUAGAGACCCUCCACAGAAUGUCUGAAUUCUUGCAUUCUUAACCCUUUCAUCACUGUAUUAUGAUUUUUUUUUUUUUUUUUAAAAAAAAAACUCCCCUUUUCACUUCUUUACAAAGCGCUCACAGCGAAAAGAGGUUUGCUCAUGUUUAGGUUCUUGAAUUAAAUACAGUCUUGCAUUGAGAUGUUUAAUGUAUUUAAAGCUGGAAUAAACCCAUUGGAAGCUGGGUUUUCGGGAGCUCAAGUGCUGCAUUCACUGGGAAGAAAAACAAAAAAAAAAAAUCCACACAAAGCAAAUUGCCAAGGUUUAGCUGCUCCAUUUACAAUAAUAGCGUGUGUACAUUCGUUUAGCCUUGUGGUGGUGGCUUUUCCUUUAUAAGGUGUGGGGCGGAGAGUGUAAAGCUACUGUGUGUUGAGCUUGGUGGGAUGUCACUGAAAGGUACAGUAUUCCUUUUCGGCCUGCUCAAGCUGGGAAACAGCUGGCCCCUGGAGCCCCCAGCGGGCACAAUCAGCUUUGUCACGGAAAAAGGCUUGUGAUAUGAACCCUAAAAUAAACACUUAACACUUCAUGUCUGUGCAACUGAGCCCUGGGUUGCUAUUUAUUUUUUAAUUUUUUUAUUUUUAAUUUUUUUUGGGUUGGUUUUUUUUCCCCCAGACUAGGUUGGGGUAGGGGGAGAGCUCAGUUUAUCUGCGCUGCUGCCGUCUGCUGCCACCUCCCCCUCGCUGUGUUGGGGGGAAGGGGGAGAACAGAAGCACCUCCCCCUGCCCAUUGGUCCAAGGCCCAUCCUGAAUUCAUUUUUGGCAGGGGGAGACGGGUGCCCUCCUGCCCCAGUGGGUGUCAGCAGCCCCCGCAGCCCCCAACACCCCCCUCCUUGCCUUCUUGCUGUUGCUGGUGUGGGUCCUGUGUUGGCAAAGGCAGCUCUGUGGGGCCAGCAGAGGCCCAAGGUCCCUUUUCCUGCCCGGGGUGGCUGAUGGGGAGGGAUGUCUCCCAGGCUGGGGGUGCUGGUGAGGGUGUGUGGCCCCACAGGAGUGGGGUGAGCAGCACUUUCAGGCUGGAAGGGGGGUGUCCAGGGGCAGGGUCUGACAGGCUGUUUGGCAGCAAGCUUCAGCUGGGGCACUGAGCGUGGCCUCCUGCAUGUUUUUUUGGGAGCCCUUGGCAGAGAUUAGGGCUCUCCCUCCUGGGCAAGGGGUUUUGGGGAGGGGGGGAUGGGACACCCCGCAUGCUCAUCCCUGCAGAACCCUCCUCCUUGGUCCCCCUCCCCCUGUUACAGUGUGCUCUUGUUCUGGGCUGUGGUGCUUGUGGCCUGAGUUCUCCUUCUGCAUGAUGGGUGGCCAGCCCUGGCCUCCUGCACUGGCCCUGGCAACCCCAGGAGCAGUUACCCUGAUCAGAGCUGUGGGGGCAUUUCAUUGUGCCCCCCCCCACAAAACCCCCCCAAACUUGUGUAUCUCAGGGUUUUCAAUGGUACGUCACCAGCUGUGGUCCCCUCCCAGGGGUGCUGUGGUGGGAGUGAACUCCCUUCUGCCUGGAGGGAGAGGAGGGGGAGGCAGCCCUCGGGGAGGGGAGGAAGGCUGGAUGGACUCUGUGUGAAGGGAGGGGAGGCAGAUGAUGGGGUUUCCAGGUGCUGCCUGGUGGGGAUUUGGUGCAGCAGGGACCAGACCCUGCUCCUCCACCCCAAGGAUGGGUGGCUGGUGGGUCCCUCUGCCCCUGGUGGUGUCAGGGCAGCCCAAGUGGUGAUCCCUCCUGUGUCCCCCUUCCCUGUGCUCCCUGUGACCUUCUGCCCUCCUGCUUGCAUGUUGCCUGGGGGCAGAUGGACCCCCUUGCCCCUCUCCCACCCCAAAAAAAAAAGUUGUCCACAUGGUCUCCUUCAACUCAUCCUUCCAGCAAAGCCCCUGGUGAUUUUUGGAGCUGGCGGGGGAGGGGGAUCCCCUGCAUCCUGCGAUGGUGUGGGGCACCCCCCAGCUCCACUCGGGCCCUGUGAGGGCAGCGCUGGUGUCGGUGAGGAGGGUCUGUGGGGCUCCUGGACUGGUCUUGGGGGGCCACAGCGGGGCAGGGACACGGAGCUCCAUCUUUGUGGGGAGGGAGGGCUGUUGGGGAGCCGGGGAGCAGAGUGUGGCAACGCUGGCUGUGCCGGGGAGGCGGUUUGAAAAGAGCAUACUGCAUCUUUCAGGAUUUCCCUUGUACUUUUGACCGUCUUCACUGUAUACUCUCCAGUGACUUGUAUUUUUCAAGCUUGGUGUUGUAAGAUGCAUUAUCAUGACCCUUCUGUUAACCCUUUUUUAAAGAGGAAAAAAGCAAACAAAAAAAAAAAAAAAAAAAA